ACACCUUACCAGAUAAGUUCUUUUUUGUUUUGUUUUGUUUUCCUCCGUUGGUCUUCCAUCUCCAUCCGCCCACUUAAAAGUUAUCAGUAAAACGAGGAGCAAAUGGACAAAACAUCAUUUUAACCAACCUUUAUGCACGCGCACUCUUAAUUACCAGCUGUCGGAGUGCGUCUUUUAUUUUUUUAUUUUUAUAUGUAUAUGUAUAUAUUUUUUAACUUGGAGCUCGUGCAGAACUGAAAUCCCUCUGGCUGCACGUGUGCAGGGGUGCGCACCAGAAGCAAGAGGGAAUUACAAUUGAAGAGGGUCAUUUCACUGGCUUCAAAUGCAAUAAUGAUGGAUCGAUGGAGUUUAAUGCGCGAGAAAUGGCUGCCGUUCCUUCUGCUUGUCACAUUCUUCUACAUCUCAAGGGCAGCUAAUCCCAUUGAUGUCUUGAAGGUCCUCGAGCUCUCAGAGGACAUGGAGGGCGUGUCUCUGGAAGCAGGACUGUGUACCAGCAGGAAAGAACGAGAGGAGACGGAUCUCUCAUUUAAAAUCAACAGAAAGAUUCAAUUGAGCAUACCCACUAAGCAACUUUUUCCUGAUCAACCAUUUCCUGUUAAUUUUUCACUGAUGACAACAGUGAAAGCUGUAAAAGGAUCACAGGUCUUUCUCCUCUCACUGUAUGACACACAGGGCACACAGCAGCUGGGUUUGGAGAUUGCCCGCUCCCCUGUGUUUCUGUACGAGGACCACGAGGGUCAGCCGACCCCAGAACUUUAUCCCACUUUUAGAAAGAUCAACCUGGCUGAUGGCAAGUGGCACAGAGUAGCGUACAGUGUGGAGGGCCAGUCAGUGACUCUCUACCUGGACUGUGUGAAGGUGGACACUCUGGACCUGCUCAGAGGUCAUGAUCCCCAAGUCAGCACUGAGGGCGUGUGUGUGUUUGGGACACGCCUGCUGGACGAGGAUGUGUUUGAGGGAGAAAUCCAACAACUGUUGAUCAUCGAUGACCCCCGAGCAGCUGAGACGUAUUGUCAGGACUACAUCCCAGACUGUGAUGCACCUUUACCUUAUGACAACAUACUAGUAGAGACUGAGAAGGUGGAGAGGAACUCUAAGAAAUAUGUGGUGGAGGAGUUUGAAGAGUUUGACUACAGCAGCCUCAAUGAGGACAUCUCUGUUUCCACUGUGACUGCAGGUUCUAAUGUGACAGACUACGAGAUCAUACAGUAUGAAGACUAUGACAACACAACAAACUACUACCACGUGAAUGAGUAUGAAUAUGAGGAAGACUACGAUGAGCGCUACGGACCUGCUGAGAGAGAACGGGAAUAUGGUCUUAACGCUCAGGAUCUACCUGAAAAAGGACAGAAAGGAGAGCCAGGCUAUCUUGGAAUGGGAACACAGAUUACAGGACCAUAUGGGCCUCCAGGACCUGAGGGAGAGCCAGGGUCUCCUGGAAUCACUGGGCCAGUGGGACCUCGAGGAGACCCGGGAGAGCUGGGUCCUCCAGGACGGCCGGGACUUAGUGGAGCUGAUGGGAUACCAGGUCCUCCUGGAAACAUCAUGCUCAUACCGUUUCAGUCAGGCGGUGAUCCAAGGACAGGAGCUGUGGUUUCUGCACAGGAGGCUCAGGCUCAAGCCAUCCUGCAGCAGACCAAGCUUGCAAUGAAGGGACCUCCAGGGCCACUUGGCCUCAGAGGCAGACCCGGGCCCCUGGGUGCUCCAGGUCCUUCAGGGUUGAAGGGGAGCAAUGGUGAGAUGGGGCCACCAGGCCCUUCAGGGUUGACAGGUAUUCUGGGUCAGAAUGGACGACUUGGGAAACGGGGUCGAGCAGGUGCAGAUGGAGGUCGUGGUGCCAUAGGAGAAACUGGAUCAAAGGGGGAUAGGGGCUUUGAUGGCUUGCCUGGUCUCCCUGGAAACAAAGGACACAAGGGAUACAGGGGGAAGCCAGGCCCUGUGGGUUCUCCAGGAGAGCUGGGGGAAAAGGGCUCUGAAGGGCCACCUGGGCCAAGAGGGCAACCAGGAGAUGCUGGUUCGAGAGGUCUAAAUGGCCCCAGAGGUCGUCCUGGCCCCCCAGGCCAGCCAGGUAUUCGAGGAAUUGACGGGGUUCAGGGCUCAAAAGGAAACAUAGGACCACCAGGAGACACUGGAGCACCUGGACAGCAAGGCAAUCCUGGGAUCUUGGGUUUUCCUGGUCCUCAGGGAUUAGUAGGGCUACCAGGAGAAAAGGGACCUCAAGGGAAGAAAGGGAUGCAGGGUUUACCUGGAAAUGACGGGCCCCCAGGUCACCCUGGAAGAGAAGGCACUCCAGGAGAAAAAGGACUGCCUGGUCCUCCAGGAGUGCAGGGACCUGUUGGAUACCCCGGACAACGAGGAGUUAAGGGAGCAGAUGGAAUCAGGGGAUUAAAGGGGAGCAAAGGCGAGAAGGGUGAAGAUGGUUUUCCAGGAGCCAAGGGGGAGAUGGGAGCAAAGGGGGAUGUUGGGGAUAAUGGAGCUCUAGGGGGCCGAGGUGAAGAUGGACCUGAAGGGCCAAAAGGUCAAAUGGGCUCUCAGGGAGAGCCUGGAUCUUCUGGUAUUUCUGGAGAAAAGGGUAAACUGGGAGUUCCCGGAGUGCCAGGAUAUCCAGGGCGACAAGGACCAAAGGGUUCUGAAGGUUUCCCUGGAGCAGUAGGAGCUGCAGGAGAGAAAGGAAAGAAAGGUCCAUCAGGACAACCAGGAGGUGCAGGCCAGAGGGGUCUAAAUGGUGCACGAGGUGCCAGGGGAGCAAAAGGGCCAACUGGGAAAUCAGGAGACAAGGGCGCCUCAGGACAUGAUGGCCCCCCAGGUUCUCCUGGAGAGAGGGGACCUCAAGGGCCGCAAGGAAGGAACGGAGAGCCAGGACCUAAAGGUUCAAGUGGUGCAGCUGGGAAGGAUGGGCUUCCAGGCCACCCAGGACAAAGAGGAGAGCCAGGCUUCCAGGGCAAGACCGGACCUCCAGGACCCUCAGGUGUUGUGGGACCACAAGGCAAAUCAGGAGAGCCUGGUCCAACAGGAGAUCGAGGUCACCCAGGAGCACCAGGUGUGCCUGGAGAGCAUGGUUUACCUGGAGCUGCUGGGAAGGAGGGUGGAAAGGGUGAUCCUGGUUUACCUGGGACAUCAGGGAAGAGUGGUCCUCCAGGAUUGAAAGGGUUCAGAGGUAGCAGAGGAGCCCCAGGAAUUAUGGGACCUCCUGGUCUUAAAGGAGGAUCAGGACCUGAUGGACUUCGAGGAGCCAUUGGACCGACAGGUGAGAGGGGUCCUCCGGGAACUGCUGGUGCCAUUGGACAGCCCGGUCGGACUGGAGUAGUGGGAGGACCUGGACCAAUGGGAGAAAAGGGGGAGCCUGGAGAGAAGGGUCCCAUUGGACCAGCAGGCCAGGAUGGGGAUCAGGGACCAGUAGGGAUGCCUGGAGCUACAGGCCCUGCAGGACCUCCAGGAGAUGACGGGGAUAAGGGAGAGCAGGGGGGACCUGGCCAGAAAGGAAGCAAAGGAGACAAAGGAGAAGCGGGCCCCCCAGGCCCCACUGGCACUCAGGGGCCAAUUGGUCAGUCAGGACUUCCAGGUGGAGAUGGACUACCAGGUCUGCGGGGCCAGCAGGGCAUGUAUGGUCCAAAAGGUGAUGAAGGACUGCGUGGCUUCAAGGGCUCUAGAGGACCAAGAGGAUUACAGGGUAUGCCCGGCCUACCAGGUGAAAAGGGUGAGAGUGGGCAUGUGGGCCUAAUGGGUCCACCUGGACAACAAGGCCCUACUGGCUCUCAAGGACCUGUUGGUGGACAGGGACAGACUGGGAGACCAGGGAUGAUAGGAACGGCAGGUGUUGUUGGGGAGAAGGGUGAGGAUGGUGAGGCAGGUGACCCUGGACCAGUUGGUAUUUCAGGAAGGCCAGGAGAAAAAGGAGAUCAAGGCGAGAAGGGGGAUACCGGCCUUUCAGGAGCAGCUGGACCUCCAGGAGCUAGGGGUUCUCCAGGAGAAGACGGAGCCAAGGGCAAUGCUGGUCCUAUAGGUCUAACUGGUGACCUUGGACAACAGGGAGAGGCUGGACCCAAUGGUAUAGACGGCCUCUCUGGAACUAAAGGAGACAUAGGAGAACCUGGAAAAUCUGGUCCACCAGGAGCACCAGGGGAGCCUGGACCACCUGGCCAUCCAGGGCGAAGGGGCCACUUGGGGAAACCAGGAAAGGAAGGAAAAGCCGGCUUGAAAGGAACAAAGGGUGCUCCUGGAUUGGAGGGUCCCAUUGGAAAGACGGGGCCCGUAGGUGCUCAGGGACAUCCUGGGAGGCCAGGUCCCCAAGGCCUAAGAGGAAUCCCUGGCCCUGCAGGUGAGCAGGGUUUAAAUGGACCACCUGGCCAAACAGGACCACCAGGGCCCAUGGGUCCACCAGGUUUACCGGGACUGAAAGGGGACCCUGGCAAGAAGGGAGACAAGGGUCAUGGUGGUCUAAUAGGUCUGAUUGGGCCACCAGGAGAUAUUGGAGAGAAGGGUGACAGAGGACUACCUGGAAACCAGGGACUACAAGGUCCAAAAGGAGAUGAGGGUCCAGUUGGCCCAUCAGGUCCCCCUGGUCCUCCUGGCCCCACGGGUCUGUCUGGAGCUAUUGGUCCAAAAGGCUCUAAAGGAAACCAGGGUCCAAUUGGCCCCAGAGGAGACACUGGGCCUGCAGGGCCUCCAGGACCCCCGGGGCAGCCAGCAGUUGGGAUUGCACCUCUGCCAGAGCGAGGAAGGAGAAGGAGAACUCACACUGUGGUGGAUGGUGCAGCACUUGAAAAUGAUGAUGAAGAGGAAAUAGAUGGAGGAGACGGAUGGAUACAAGGGGAUCAAGCAGAGCAGGAAGGCUGGAUGAAGAAUAAUGAGGGCAAAGGCAUGGAAGAAGUGUUUGCGUCUCUUUCCUCUAUGAAAGUGGAGGUAGAAGGUCUGCGUAACCCACUGGGAACAUACCACAGUCCUGCCCGCACCUGCAAAGAGCUCUGGCUCCUCCACCCAGAACUACCCAAUGGUGAAUACUGGAUUGACCCCAACCAGGGCUGCCACAGAGACUCUUUCAAGGUGUUUUGUAACUUCACUGCACAGGGAGAAACGUGUCUGUACCCUGAUAAGAAGUUCCAGUCGGUAAAAUUAGCAGCUUGGAAAGGGGAAAAGCCUGGCAGCUGGUACAGCGAAUUCAGAAAAGGAAAGAAGUUUUCAUACUCGGGAUCGGAUGGUGUUUCUGUUGACAUCGUUCAGCUAACCUUCCUGAAGCUGCUGAGUGCCACAGCCAAGCAGACUUUCACCUACCACUGUCUCAACUCUGCUGCCUGGCUGCACACUGCAACCUACAGUCAUGAACAUGCACUGCGGUUCAGAAGUAGUGAUGGGGAGGAACUGACGCAUGAAAACACACAUUACAUUAGUGCUCAGUAUGACGGGUGCCAGACACGCUCAGGGCAGGAGAGGACAGUGUUGGAAUUUGACGCCCCACAGUCCAACACGCUCCCCAUCAUUGAUGUAGCUGUGUCCGAUUUUGGAAAAGGGAACCAGAAAUUUGGUUUACAAGUUGGCCCAGUCUGCUACAAUGGUUAACAAAGUUGGGGGAUCCAACAGCAGGAGUAAUUUAAUAGGAGAAAGAGCCAUGGACACUUUUUACUUGCAGGGAGAAAACUAGAUUCAAGACCACAUAUUUAUAAGUUGAUGUACCUACAACAGUGUUGUCUCGUUAAAACAUUCAUGCACUCAUUAUGUCCAUAGUUGGCACAUUCAUUUCAGACACUCACAGUGGACUCACGCUGUGUUAACAAGAGAAGGGCACCUGAAUUGAUUGUUGGCUUAUCUUCAGUGAAACAUUUUUCCAUUUGUCCUCUUUGAAUAGUUUCUUCUAUGUUAGUUCAAACAACUAUUGAUUCAUACACUCAGUUUCCUUUUAUAUACAAUCCCACCCAAAUAUUAUGAUCAAUAAGUUGCCUUACAAACACAAAACAAUACCAUUCUUCUUCAGCUAUACAUCCACGGCGUUCUUUGUUGUCAAACCUCAAUUUGUUGUGUUUUUUAAUGUUGUAAUAUUGUGUGGUUAUAAUUAUGUUAUGUGGUUUACAUCAAUGAGUCAUAACAUUAAAACCAUUGACUGGUAUAUUAGCAUUGAUCAUACACUUUGUCACAAAGCAAUGUUUUCUGUUGGCAAACAGACCCCCCCUUAUGUUGCCCCUCCUGUCCAUGAAAACUGGACUCCCUCACUAUCAUCACAAUGUAUCCCACCACACUUUAAAGCUGCUCAGGAGCAACUCGAUGAGCACAAAGAUGAGGCCAAGAACUCUAAACUACCCAGAUCAAAAUUUGAUGGAGCACCUGGGAUACGAUCGAACAGGCCCAAUCCACAGGGGCCACAAUCAGCAACUCAGAGGAAGUGAAGGAUCUCUUGCCAGCAUCCCAGUGUCAGAAAACCACAGGACACCCUCAGAGGUCCUGUGAAUAUUUCCGUUGCUGAAUAUGGGGGUCCUAAACAACAUUGUGUGGGGUGGUGGUUUUAAUGUUUGAGCAGAUUGGUGUAUAUUGGAGUGUAUUUCAUCAUGGUGCUAUUAUGUAGGUCCUAGUGAGUACAAUUCUUUGUAAAAGGGAUUUGGGGCAGAAUAUUUUGUAUUAUUGUGAAACUAUAUUUUAUAUUUUGUCAGUAUAACAAACCAAACUUUGGUACGUGAUUGCCUCAAGGCCUUUCUUUACAUAUUUGUUUGGGAGGUGAUAAACACAUUUUAAUAAAAGUACAUAAUGUACAUUUAAGUUAAUAUGAAAAUUUAUUUGAUUGAAUACAAUUGUAUUUUGUGCAACCAUAAAAAAAGGUGUCAGUUUGAAAUAAUUUUUAUGGUUGGCAGUGUCAGUUGUUCCAUUACAAUGAUCCAAACAGAAAUGUCUCAACAUUUACAGCAGGAUUUUUCCAGAAAUGAUGCACUGAUAUUGAUGGCCUGAGGGAUGAGACAUAUUGCUACAUAAUGGUAUCUUAACUUCAAGUGUCACCAUUUCCAUUUCUACUUUAUUCUUUAUUAUUUUUUUGUGUCAACAAGUGGUAGCUGUGUUGCCCCUUAAUUUGGCACAUACAGUCUGAAUCCUAAGAAUUAUAUUGUAGUGCCAUCAACACGUCAGUGUCCUCACGAAUACUAGCUGUGUUGGCGUGCGCCUUCAGCUGUCUGUGGCUAACUUAUUACUAGGUGAAAAUAACUUACUAAUGUGAGUGAGAUACAAGGCCGAAGCAGCACUCAGAGAGCAAAAGCUUUCUAUAUCAAGUUUGUCUUGACUGUACCAUAAGAUUGCCAGGACAGUGAAACAAAAGCAAAUCCAAAGAAUUAAAAUAUU